AUGUACGCUAAACCUCCCGCCUUCGUCCGCUCUCCACGAGGUGCGCGACUGAGAUACUGUUCGUCUUAUCAGGUCGGACUGAUGGUGUUGCUUUCUUCCAUGGGUUUGAUCGCUCUGUCUGUUCACACAACAUUUUCUCACGUGCGGGCUCUGGCAUCGGAAACAAAGCUAGUCCCCGAAUGUAUCCUGAGUGGCAAGGUGACCACCUGCACGUGCGAUGUUACAAAAACCGUCGCAGAGGGGAAGGCUCAGGCUGCCAUUUUAUCGCAGACGAACAAUGGAAUCAAGUUAGAAUGCAAGUCAGGUUUGGAAUGCGCGCCGAAGGGUCUUAGCCAAACGGUGUGUACUGCGGAGGACGAGAGUUUAAGCGCCUGCAGCGUCGCCCUUCACACGCUUCUCGCCGACAACCAGAAGAACGUAACAUGGACAGACUGUGCGCAGAGAGAGAUUCCAGCGGCAUCGACGUGCAAGACUCUCUCAGUCCCUCAGGAUAACUUUCCAUUCAUCGACGAACGCUUUGCUGUUGGCUGUGCUGACGGCAAUAACAGCAACCAGAAGAUUUGUAAAGUUGCUGUGACGGUGACGGCGAGACCGUCCGUUACAGAGGGCCAGACCGUCAGGUGUGCCUACGGAGCCAACAGCAACCAGUCGCGUCAGUCCGUGACGCUGAGUCCCUCCAAGAACAACUUCACCCUGGUGUGCGGCGAGAAGGGAGAGGUGCUGCCGAAAAAGUACGACCAGGCUUAUUGCCCAGCGGAACUGAAGGGCGAUCAAGAGGCGUGCGACGGCAACUACAAGUCUAUUUUGCCUGGCUACGAAGAGCAGUGGUGGGAGAAACGGGAUGAGGGCAAAUCGUACACGCUUUCGAUUCCGGCUGAUAAGUUCCCGAAGGAGCAGUCGAAGAUUGUGGUCGGCUGCCAGCAGAAGACACAACAGACCGAGAGCAAGGUGACAGGGGAAGGCGUAUCAGGCCCAACCCUGUGUGCUGUUGAUGUGACGAUCGAGGCCGGCGCCUCUCCAUCACUGUCUGCAGUGAGUUCUCGUAUCUCUCUGAUGCUUUUGGGAUCUGGUAUUGCGGCCGCCGCAACGCAAGGCAUUUGA